AUGGCAACGACAGCGACGACGACACUGAGAAGACUUGCUAGGCCUUCGGUGCUCUCACAUUGGUGCAGACCGACAUGCUCAGCACAGUGGUCGCGAACUCUGAUCACGUCCAGACCAGGCGCGAAACACCCAGACUUUGCCUUUGCAUUUGAUAUUGAUGGCGUACUCCUCCGUUCGUCCGACCCUCUACCUCGAGCCCACAAAGCGCUAUCGCUGCUACAAAGCGAGCGCAUCCCCUUCAUACUCCUCACCAAUGGCGGCGGCAAGCAUGAGUCGGAAAGAGUCGACGAGCUCAGCCAGAAGCUGGACAUCGAAUUAGACACUUCGAUGUUUGUGCAAAGCCACACNCCCCUUGCCGACAUGAAGGAGCUGCACGACAAGACGGUGCUCGUAGUAGGAGGCGACCACGACAAAUGCCAGCUCGUUGCCCAAAAAUACGGCUUCAAGGCCGUCGUCACUCCUGGCGACAUCGUCACCGCAUACCCCGAUAUCUGGCCCUUCACCAAGAUCUUCGCCGAGUACUACCAAAAGUUCGCCAAACCUCUACCCGCUCCCAUCGAUGCUGAGAACCCGGACAAGUCUCUGAAGAUCGACGCAGUCUUUGUAUACAACGACCCUCGCGAUUGGGGUUUGGAUACCACCAUCAUAACAGAUCUGUUACUGUCAAGAGAGGGAAUCAUGGGCACACUAUCGAGCAAGAACGGAGACAAGACACUUCCGAACAACGGUUACCAACAAGACAACCAGCCCAAGCUCUACUUCUCCAACCCGGACUUGUGGUGGGCAGCCAAGUAUCACCUUCCGCGACUAGGUCAGGGUGGUUUCAGAGAGGGUCUCGAGGGCGUUUGGGCAGCCAUCACCGGAGGCCAGAACGCUGGUGUACAACUGCAAAAGAAGGUCAUUGGCAAGCCUUACCACGAGACGUACGAAUUUGCCGAGAAGAGAUUGAGAGCACACAGAAACGACUUGUACACUGGCGAGUCAAUAGAGCCUUUGCGCAAGGUCUACAUGGUUGGUGACAACCCAGAGUCAGAUAUCGCAGGCGGAAACUCGUACAAGAGUGCUUUCGGCAGCAAGUGGUCAUCCAUACUUCUCCGUACAGGCGUGUAUGCUGGAGGCGAACCCGCUCACAAGCCCACAGUCAUCGUCGACGAUGUAUACGAUGCCGUGCAGUGGGCCAUCGACGACGCUAAGAACUAA